AUGCAAAUCCGUUAUGAAUAUCAUGUUAGUAUUUUUGCACUUGGUUCUAAUCUAUCACGAGUAUAUUUGAGAAUAGAAUCAAUUGCAAGAAUGUUAGUAAAUAAUCAGCUUGCAGCAGUUCUUUUAUUCAUUGGUUAUAUUGCUGUUUAUCAAUUAUUUGAACGGGGUUCUAAUUAUGCUUACAAGAAUGGUACACUUCGUGCCGAAGAUUUGCUCCUGAAUGAAGUUAGUCCAUCCGAUUGGGUUUAUCGAUGUUUGAAUGCAAUUAACUAUAUCUGGCAGCUUGCUUGGCUUCUUUAUUCUCUGACAUUCAUUUAUCGUCGAUCAUCAACUGGUUAUUUAUAUCUAUCACCAAAUACAUUAUCGCCAGCGUUCUACAUUGUUUACAUCGUUGGUUUUGCUAUUCCAGCAGUUUGGUUAGUGUUCUUUCAACAAAAAUACAUCAUCUGGACGUGGAUUCCCUACGCGGUAUCAUUCCUACUAUUGUCACUUGCUCUGUUUAUUGUGAAUAACAAUGUUCAUAUUAAUAAGAAAAUCUAUGAAACAGAAGGAUUUAAUCGGGAUAUAUGGUGUCUUCGAUUCUUUGCUCAAAAUGGCGUUGCAUUUUUCACAUGUUGGACAGCUGUUCGGUCUCUUCUCGCCUUUGAUCUAUUUCUUCAAGUUCGCCUCGGACUAUUAAUGGCGAAUUCGGGCACGAUCGUUUUACUAUUGGCAAUUGCUAUCGCAGCUAUAUUCUUUUUUCUACCAAACUUCAAUGCAGCUUUAGUAGAAAAGUGCGCUUAUCAAUUUGCACCGUGGGUUGUUUUCAUCAUUUAUUUCUGGGGUGUAGUAGAAAAUAAUUGGGUACCGAAAAGUGUCCAACGAAAUCAUAUUAUUGCUGCACUUGAUCUUCUGGCUACAAUUCUUGCAGCUUUCGGUGCAUUGGCUUUGUUUACAAUGCGUCAUCGUACUUCAAAGAUCGAUCCUAUAGUUUGA